AUGGACGGCCAGGUCGGCGAAGAAGAUUCAUAUUCAGAUGACGACCUAGACGCCCUUCCUAAUAAUGCAUUUCAGUCCCUCGAGCAAGACGCAUUUGUAAAUACACAACGUGCAGUGCCUCCUCCAAGGCUGCCGGUGUACAAAUCCCACAGACCAAAUCCUGCGGCAUUGGCUGGUGGGUUUGGGAGACUUUCUGUACGGCCGGACGCAAACACAACCUGGCAACAGAAUGGUUUGCAUGGACCAUCCUCUGAUUAUGGAGACUUUGACGAUGAGAUGCUCGAUGGAGAAAUUUUUGACGCAAAUGAGCAACCAAGUCUAGCUGCUGCGAUCCAGCAGAAUUUGCAGAAUUGUGAAGCUCCUGGUGAAAGCACGCAAAGAGAAAUUUGGCGGCAGCAGCGCUAUGCACGGUCUGAACCAGUAGUGCCCACUAGAGCCCAGGAACGAUCUAGGGCCUUUGAGUCUCACGUGCCCUCUAUCUUGCCCGAUCAGAGAGGAGCAGUAUCUCAAACUCAAGCAGUCAAUGGCCAUCGUCCCAUUCAAAGCAGUGGCGGUGGGGCUAAUCUACAAGCGCAGGUAGACCUUGUCAGUAAUCCGCUCAGUUGUAAAUUGACCCUUGCUCAUCUAUUGGAGAUUCAGACCGCGAAAGACAACACUUAUGCAAAGUUCGGAGAGAUUGCUAUUGUCCGCGCAAACGCAUCUAAGAUCGAGAAAGAGUACGAAAAUAGGGCGAAAGCAAUGCAAAAGGAUCACAGCGAUGAAGUCACGAGACAAAGGCUUGAGCUGGAGAAAGCGAAGGCAGAAUUGCAGAAGAUUGCUACUGAGAAAGACUUUCUUGAAAAUGAUCUGGCGGAAGGUACGAAGCAGGUUCGCAAUCUCCAACAGGCCAUGAAGAACGCAGACAAAUCAGUCGAUGUUAAAACCACGACCCCCAAAAAGCAACGGAGUGGUUUAGGUGAUGGUUUUGAUGACGGCGAAAUACAGCCUCUCUCCCCUUCCAAGCUCGCUCUCAGGGCUAAAGUCGGGACUCCUAAAGCAGGAUCCAAAAGGAAGAGAAAACCACCUGGGGACAGUCCCACUAAACAGUCCCUAGAGCUUGAUCGGCCUCUAGGAAAUGACUCUUCCGGAGAUAGAGGGCCAGCGCUUCAGAAAACUCCGUCUGAGCCAACUCCUCAAGCACCUAUACGUCAAGACCAGGAUCUGACGUUUCUCCAGAGAUUUCUUGACCAUCACCUGACAGGGUUCCAGGAGAGAACCAUUGAGACUCUAGCGAGGUACAAAUUUCCGUCACAGCCGAGCAUGGCUCUUUCCACUUUGCUUCUAGAUAAGCUUUCUCCCUUGCACAUGUCGCCAAACACUACCAACUUGCCUUCAGCAAUUGCUCUCGAAGUCAUCUCGCUCUUGGCCCAAUGCAUUCAGGAGAAGUAUCAUGAUCCUAUUCGCCUUCUUGUCGACCAAGUCAUGUUCAUUCUCAUGAUCAAACCCUUCAAAAUAGCACCUGACCUAACAAACAGCCUCAUGUCGCUGCUCCAGGAAAUCGCCGACGUAGUCAUCAUCCCUCGUUGCCAAAAGAAGUCUCCUCGCCCUGAUCGUGCCCAGAUAUCCUCCACCGACUGCCUCGAAACAAUGCGCCUAAUGGCUACUCAAGUCUCGCCCUACAGGGAGGAGUCUACCCGAUUCUGGCGCACCAUCCGAUUCGACUUCGUAAUGAUGCUUCUCAGUUUCAUCCACCCAAUCCACGAGCUCCACCUAACACUACGUAUCCUGCAUACUUCAAUUCUUGCGAACAGCUUCGCCAUGAUAAUCCCACCUGGUGACGGAAAACAAGACGCCACCGAAUCCCGCGUCCUUGAAAACCUCUCCCGCUUGCUGGUUGAACCACCCCGCCCCACUCAAGGCGAGCCUCUCCUGACAGGGCUCGAGCUUGCUGGUCUCCGUCUCUCAAUUCUAGAUCUUGUGCAGGAGAUGGCUGCUAACGAUUACGCGGUACUUGCAAUCUGCCGGCAUAAGCUUCUGAUCGGCCGCCUCGUGCGCUUGAUGAAUGAUAGCCUAGCGCAUGCAUACGAUUACACCGCUGCGCACAGUUUACUCAUAGCUUUGGUCAAUCAAGCAACCCGUCUCCUCUUCUACUUCAUGCAGAACUACACUGAGCAUUUCAAUAUUGCGGAGAAGCUCAGCGUAAUUCCUGGUGGCGAGAAAAAAUUCUUGAUUGUGUUGACAAGGCUCGCAUUUAGUGAGGGUUUGUUUCUUGAGGAGGGAAUCGAGGAUGAUGUUAUGGAUAUCGCGCAAAGAAUGUUGGAGGAGCGGGUCAGUCCUGAGGAAGCAGAGGGGCUGAUGGGCGUGAUGAGUACCGCCCCUAGUACAAGGGCGACUACUACGAGGAGGGCAAGCAUAAAUGAAGUGGAGGAAGGGGUGCCGGAAGAGGGUGGAGAUGAGGAAAAUAAAGAUAAAGCGUAA